GGAAUUUCUGUUGGGGUUAAGGUUGAGGGAGGACUACUCCGCUUGGCGAAUGUAAACUUUUGGUUUAGAACGAUUCGAGGAUGGCGAACGCAAAAGUGAAGGAAGAAGACAACCAGAACAAAGAAGAGCAGAAACCCGAUAUAUCACCGUCAAGAAAAACACCACCAAAAAGGAAAACCCAGCGAGCAAAACGAGCACCACCAGCAGCAGCAGCGAAGAGACUGCCAGGAAGAAGAAGGCCAGAAACUCCGGAGCCUGAAGGUUUUACUCCGGAUGAAGAUGAACAAAUUGCAGCACCACCGGUGGAGAAAUCGUCCGCAAGAACAAGGCCCGAUACACCGGGCCCGGAUGAAAAUAAAAAACUAGCACCACCACCAGCAGCGAAGAAACCGCCAGGAAGAAGGCCAGAAACGCCGGAGCCUGAAGGUUUCACACCAGAUGACGACAAGCAACUUGCACUCUGUUGGCUCUGGGUACAUGAACCUGAGACGAUGGGAAACCUUGCAAGCAAAAAUGGACGAAGUUGGUCUCAAGUUGUACACCAAUUCAAUAAGGUCAAAAAUCGUCCGGCCGUCGAAGCGAAACAUAUCAGGAGAAGAUGUUGCCGUUUGCGGAUGGAAACCCUCGACUUUUCGGCGAUCUACAAUGACUGGAAACGAGAAUCGAUCAGUACUGGACAAAACACUCCUGACGUCGAGCUGGUGGAAAUCGCUAAAAAGGAUUACUAUCGACAAGUCGGUAAACCAUUCGAGUUCGAGUCGGCGUGGUAUGUCCUUCGCGAUAAUCCAAGGUGGCUCACCUGGGGGACCACUCAAAAGAUUCAAUUGCUGGAAGCCCGCGCGAACAUCUCAUCAAAUCAUCCCACUGCGAAUCAAUUCAAACUCGAAAAUCAACCAAUCGUAAUAUCCACUCCAUCUCGAUUUUCUGCUUUCCCAGCUGCCCGAAUCGAACCUUCCGCCGCCUCUUCGACCGUCUCAAAAGCGGAGUUCCUGGCCACCAAUUCUCGACCGCUUAGUCCUCCAACACACAGGUCUCCUCAAUCAAUCUCCUCAUCUCCUAUGCGAAACCAGUCCAAUACCACUGCAACUGUCUCGAAACCCAAACCUCAGUCGCCCAACGCCCGCAAGCGGACUAUCGAUAACCUAGACACAACAAAAACAACGACAAUCAGCUCGAAAGAAACAGAAAUCGAUGCAAAUGAAAGGAAACAGAGCGAAGUGAACAAAGAGAAUGGGGCGAUAUCAAUCGCUUGUAAUCCGGCUCCAGUCGAAGAGAAUCUCACGCGAUUGCAACUCGAGGUCCGACGAUUGGAAGCUGAGACCGAGUACGAACGGAUGCUACUGGACAUCAUGGAGAAGGAUCUGACUAGUUGUACCGACGAAUAUGAGAAAAAAUUCUUCAUCUUCAAGAAACGGAGGAUCCUCGCUAAUUUGGAAUCUGCUUGAUGAUCGGUCUUAUUUAAUCUUCGUUCAUCAAUCUUCCAUAUCUAUCCUGUGAUUCUUGGGGAAAAAAUGGUUCCCUUUCAUUCACAAGCACUGGCAUAUGGAC